GCGGCUCCCUCAGAGCGCUGAGGUCCCGGGGCAGAGGCUCCUGUGGAUACUUCGCAGCGUCUCUAAACAAAGCGUUCAGCCGCUUUUUAUUUUUUUUUUGUCUGGGGUGGAUUUUUGCUCGUCUACCCUGCAGCCGUUGCUUGAUCAAACCCCUCGUCCUCCUGCUGCCCCAGCCAUGGUGAUGUUCAAGAAAGUGAAGAACUUCAUGGUGGCCUUCAGCGAGCCCGACAAGGUCUACUGCAGCGGGGACAAGGUGGCCGGGCGCGUGCUGGUGGAGGUGGCCGAGGUGACCCGCGUCAGCGCCGUCAAGGUGUUGGCAUGUGGCGUGGCCAGGGUGACCUGGGCCAAGGGCCCGGCCCAGUGCCGGCAGGAGAUGGAGUACCUGCGCUUCGAGGACGUGCUGGCGCUUGAGGAGCAGCCCACGGACGAGGACGGCUCCGUCAUCCUGAGACCCGGCAACAAGUACGAGUACAAAUUCGGCUUCGAGCUGCCCCAGGGGCCGCUGGGCACCACGUUCAAGGGGAAGUAUGGCUCUGUGGAUUACUGGGUGAAGGCGUCCCUGGAGCGCCCGGCCUGCCCCACGCAGCAGGUGAAGAAACGCUUCGAGGUGAUGGAUCCUGUGGAUGUGAACACCCCAGAGCUGCUGUCUCCAGUGGCAGCCAAAAAGGAGAAGAAAGUGUCGUGCAUGUUCAUCCCCGACGGACGCGUGUCCGUCAGCGCCCAGAUCGACAGGAAAGGCUUCUGCGAAGGCGACGAGAUCUGCAUCAACGCCGACUUCGAGAACACCUGCUCGCGCAUCGUGGUGCCCAAGGCGGCCAUCGUGGCCAAGCACACCUACCUGGCCAACGGGCAGACCAAGGUCUUCUGCCAGAAACUCUCCUGCGUCCGUGGCAACCACAUCAUCUCUGGCACCUCGGAGUCCUGGCGCGGCAAAACCAUCCGUGUGAAGAAGCUCAAGCCCUCCAUCCUGGGCUGCAACAUCCUGCGGGUGGAGUAUUUCCUGCAGAUCUAUGUCAGCGUGCCAGGCUCCAAGAAGAUCAUCCUGGAGCUGCCUCUGGUCAUCGGGAGUCGCUCCGGCAUCGGCAGCCGCAGCUCCAGCAUGGCCAGCCAGACCAGUUCUGAGAUGAGCUGGGUGGACCUGAACCUCCCUGAUGCCCCCGAGGCCCCCCCGUGCUACCUGGACAUCGUUCCCGAGGAUCACCGGCUGGAAAGCCCCACCACGCCCCUCCUGGAUGAUCCCGAUGGAUUCGACAGCCCCAUCUUCAUGUACGCCCCCGAGUUCAAGUUCAUGCCUCCCCCCACCUACACGGAGGUGAGCGCGGCGCCGGCGCGGGAGGGGCCCGGUGGGUCUGUGGUCGCCGGCCUGCAUCCCUCACCCUCCUCCUGCUCCGUGGGCCAGGUGGAUCCCUGCACGGCCAACAACAACACCAGCAGCACCAGCAACAACAACAGCAACAACAACAGCAACAGCAACAACAACAUCCAGUGAGAUCCACACCCACGCCGGGGGGUCGCUCCCGCUUGCCUGGACUCGGCUCCUUGUGCCACACACCUGCAGCACAUCUGGGAGAACAGCUGGAGGGGCUCCCGAGGAGCUGCUGCAUCCCCAGGAGCUGCUGCAUCCCGAGGAGCUGCUGCAUCCCCAGGAGCUGCUGCAUCCCAAGGAAUUGCUGCAUUCCCCAUCCCGAAUCUCGAGGAAAAAAACAAAAAAAACCCUCAAGGACCUGUUGGGGAGACGAGGCAGAUCCAGCUGGGAAAAAAAGCUGGAAAACCUCGUGGCGGUUGGGACACAACGCUGCCUGUCCGCGCCCUGUGGCGACACGUGGUGACAGGGAAUAGUGGUUUUGAUGAAUUCCAUCUUAAUUUUGUAACUCUGGGUGCUGCUCUGGCUGCCCCGCGCUCCCGCCGAGGGAGGGGGGCGCUGUGAAUCCGUCCUGUCGUGACACGACGCUGAUGUCGCGACCUUUUGUACUCUGGUUUUGUACAUAGCCUUUCGGGGAGGGGAGGGGGAAAGCACAAAAAUGCAAAUUUUGUACCUUUUCGUGGCCCCUGGGGGGCGAAAUUUGUAAUAAACUUGUAAUAAAUAAAUGAAACAGUU